UGGUCUCUCCCACUGACUCUACCUGGACCAUUCAUUGUUGCCAUUUUCCAUUCAUCAACAAGAUGCCCUCAAUCUUCCACCCCUUCUGCUGCCCCACUCACCUGCACACCUGUUCCAUCUCUUCCUCAUUAGCCCCGCCCACCUGCACACUUGCAUCUAAUUCCUUCGUCAGCCUUUCAGUAAAGAUACCGUCAAUCUUGCCCUGUGUGCAUGUAUAUCACUGCCACUUGUAUCUGACCUGUUUCUGUUUGAUUCAUGUUUCCUGUUUUGGAUUGACCUGGAGUUCAGCCUGCUGGUAUGCCUGGACCUCAUGGAUUUGUUGGAUUGCCUUCCAUUACUAUUCUGGAAUGAAGAGUGAUGCAACAGGCAAGCGUUUCAGCACUUUCAGCUAAUGCAGAGUCUGCAGAGUGUUUAUGUGAAUGGCUUUCGUGGGUGUCUUGGGGCUGGUUGGCGGAGGGGAAUGGCGGGUGAAGGUGAAUGGAAGAAAGUGUGCAGCACCUCUGGGACUGGAUAAUUUGAAGGAGGGUAUCUGGGAACUGAAGGUUCACGGUUCAUGUCAAGCCUGCUCUGUGAGCACUUGGAUGGAAUAGCAGCAUUUUCGCUCUUUGGUGUCACUGCUGGAAACUGGAAACAAGGUGAUUCUAAGCAGGAUAAAUAAGACCUGGUUGCUGUACCUGGCUUUUCCAAGUGGGACCAGCACUGGAGGAAGCCCCUAUAAGGUGGUGGUAACUGGUCGAGGUUCCUGAGCGGUGCAGUCAUGAGCAGGCCGGAGGGGUUGGCCAGGCCACCUCUGGUGUUAGCUAUGGCGCUCCUGGCUCUCUCCCUCCUCUCCACAGGGAUCUCCAGCCUCCCUCAGCCGCUGCCAAGAGUCUUCCUCUCCUUUGAAGAUCUGCAGGCUUCACCGUCCUUUGAGCACUACAGCAUAUCAGAAAAGCCCAUGGACUACAGGAUCCUGCAGAUGGACGAGGACCAGGACAGGAUGUAUGUGGGCUGCAAAGACCAUGUCCUCUCCAUGGACAUUAACAACAUCACGCAUGGCACACUCAAGGUGUUCUGGCCUGCGUCUACAAGCAAGAUAGAAGAAUGCCAAAUGGCAGGAAAGGACCCUACGCAUGGCUGUGGGAACUUCAUCCGGGUGGUGCAGCCGUAUAACAGAACCCAUCUGUUCAUGUGCGGGAGCGGAGCGUACAGUCCCGUCUGUGCGUACAUCAACAGGGGCCGCAGACCAGAGGAACAAGUGUUUCUAAUCGACUCCAGGACCGAAUCUGGGAAAGGGAGGUGCUCAUUCAACCCUCAAGUGAACACCGUCUCAGUCAUGCUCAACCAGGAGCUGUUCUCAGGCAUGUACAUUGACUUCAUGGGGACAGAUGCUGCCAUCUUCAGGAGCCUGACCAGGAGGAACGCAGUGCGGACAGACCAGCACAACUCUAAGUGGCUUAGUGAGCCAAUCUUCAUUGACGCCCAGCUGAUACCAGACGGGACAGACCCCAAUGAUGCUAAACUGUACUUUUUCUUCCGCGAGAGGCUGACGGAUAAUAGUGGAAACACUAAAAAUAUCCACACUAUGGUGGCCAGAGUGUGUCCAAGUGACAUCGGAGGACAGCGCAGCCUGGUGAACAAAUGGACCACCUUCCUGAAAGCCCGGAUGGUGUGUUCAGUUCUGGAGGAAGACGGCACUGAAACUCACUUUGAUGAGUUAGAAAAUGUGUUUUUGCUGGAAACCGAUCAGCCCAAGGGCCUGUUGGUGUUUGGAGUCUUCACGUCCACAAGCUCCGUGUUUAAAGGCUCGGCAGUGUGCGUGUACAACAUGGCCGACAUCCUCACCGUGUUCAACGGGCCCUUCGCUCACAGAGACGGACCAAACUUUCAGUGGGUGGCCUUCCAGGGGCGCAUACCUUACCCAAGGCCCGGAACUUGUCCCGGUGGAGCCUUCACACCUGACAUCCACACAACAAAGGAGUUCCCAGAUGACGUGGUGACCUUCGUGAGGAACCAUCCAGUCAUGUUCAACCCCAUCUACCCGGUGGGGAGGAGACCUCUGGUCGUUCGGACCAAUGCUGACUACAAAUACACAUCAGUGGCAGUGGACCAGGUCAUGGCCUCCGACGGCAACUACCAAGUGCUCUUCUUGGGAACAGACAAGGGUACAGUACAGAAGGUUAUUGUACUGCCAAGCAAUCAAACCCUCCAUGAAGAUCUGAUCCUGGAGGAGCUGGAAGUGUUUAAGAAUCAAGCUCCUGUUACAAACUUGAGAAUAUCCUCGAAAAAACAACAGCUGUAUGUCAGCUCUGAGUUCGGGGUCUCACAGGUUUCCCUGCACCGUUGUCACGCUUAUGGCUCGGCUUGCGCUGACUGCUGCCUCGCCAGAGACCCCUACUGCGCCUGGGACGGACUCAGCUGCUCGCGCUUCUAUCCCAGCAGCAAAAGGAGAAGCAGACGGCAGGACAUUAUGCAUGGAAAUCCACUCACUCAAUGCAGAGGAUUUAAUCUCAAAGCCUACAGAAACGCAGUGGAGAUGACGCAGUACGGCGUGAAAAACAACACCACUUUCCUCGAGUGUCUUCCAAAGUCUCCUCAGGCAUCCAUUCGCUGGCUCAUUCACAGGGACAACGACAGGAGGAAAGAGGUGAAGCUGAGUGAGCGCGUCCUCUCCACAGAGCACGGCCUCCUCAUCCGCUCCGUCCAGAUGUCCGACCAGGGCCUUUACUACUGCCUUACCACCGAGAACAGCUUCAAGCGCACUGUCGCCAAGAUCCGCCUGCGGGUGCUGAGCGAGGCCAUGGUGAGCGUGCUGACGGACAAACAACAGUCUCCGUGGGCCUGGGCCAGCACACUGCACCCCAAGGUCCUGCUGUCAGCCUUCAGUCCGUCAGAGAGCCUGGCUGUGCAACAGUAUUGCAAAGAGAGGAAGCAGCUGCAGAACCUCCAGCAGAGGCAACAGCAGCAGAAGCCUCCACCGCCUGGCCCUCUCAGGGGGGACAUGGCCAAACUGAAGCCCCUUCUGGACCGUAGGAAGAGCCGCAACCGCCGCAACCACAUCCCAGAGGUCUGACACAGCAAGGUGCACAAACUGACGCAAACACCUUUCUGUUUCUAGACCCUCAUUUUCCAACUCUCAUCUCAAACUGCACUGUGGAUGUACAGGAAAAAAAACAUACAGGUGGGUUUGGGGAGUUGUUUUUCGGGCUCUUUUUCUUGCAUGAGGUACGGUGACCAGAUGGCUGUGACAUACACUAAUACACACGCACAGGCACCCACUAGCAACUCCUUUGCCGUCGCAGUCACAACAGAUGGAAACGACUCUGUUGUGAGUGUCACUAAUAACCUGUGGUGUAAGCUGAUAUUGCUUAUGAUAAUACACCUUAAGAUGCAGCUACGGUCAAUGAUCUUAUCAUAUUUUAGAUAUUAGAGGGGAAAUUGGACUAGCUGGAUAUUAGCUCACAAUGAAUUUGAUAUGGAUGGAUUGGUAAUUGGAAAAAUCAUGAUAGUAAAUAAAAUAGAUUGAAAAGGGAAAAAGGGAGACAGCUGCAUGCUUUAUAGUAAGGGCCCUCUCCAAGUAUAACAUUAGUAUUUUAUUAGAUUCUACUCACAUUUCUUUAUUUACUUAAACUAGCAAAGUGUUCUCUGUUCAGGGGAAUGGCUAAAAUUGCUGUGUGGGCACACAUACUGUAGGGUAAUAAAAAGUCAAUUUGUGAGAAAAGAAAGUGUUUAUUUGCUCAUAGGCUGACUGCCUCACUGUCCACAAUAGCACUGUUAACACAAGGAACAGAUGGGAAGUAGCCACAAUAAAAAGUGUUGUAUUACAGUGCUCUAAGUGAAAAAGAAAUUAGUUCAGAGGCCAAAUGUUACAUCCAGGGCUUAUGUUAGAAAUAGAAGUGAAAUACUCAGCAGCAUAUGAAAUCCUGUGAUUCUAUUACUCAAAUGUACAUGUAAUUGAAACUGCCUCACUGUAAGUCAGCUGCAUAUUCUCUUCUUGGUUUCUAGUGCAGAAGCAUGUUUAUAGAAAUUCAUCAGAAAUCCUCUCCUGGAUUAGAUAUGAUUCAUUAACAUACACGCACAUUUUUAUUUUUACAGCAUAGUUUACAACAACAUGUAGAUGCUGAAACGUGACAAUAUCCUUCUUUGGAUUUCACAUUUUCCACAAUCAGAAAAUAGUUAAUUGACAUAUGUGAAUAGACUUUUUUCAGAAGGGUAGUUAAUGUAGAUAGAAUGUAUUCGUUGCUUGUGUACAGAGUGUGUUUUUGUUUUUGUCCUCCUUUUAAUUUAAUUUUGUGCAGAUGUUUGGGAAAAAUUGUAUAUAAUUUCAACAUAUUUCACCAACUAUGACUGUAUCUGCAAAUUGCAGAGACAUGCGGUAUUGUUUUUAUUUUGAGAAAAGACUCUAGUCCUACCUUCCCUCUAAACAGACAUCUGCUCUGCAUUUCAUAAAGCAUCAUGUCAACGCAGUAUCAUUUCAGUGUUAUGAAACAUAUGUAUUUCUAUUUAUUAAUGUCAUGAUAGCCUGAAUAAAUCUGUUUCGAUAAAUCUCAA